UAGAAGCUAUCAAUGAUGUCCAGUCUUUGCAUUGUUUCUGACAGGUUGAGCAUGGAAGGACUGGAAACUGCCAAGGAGUCUAGCUCCGAGAGUUCAGACGACGACAGUGAAGAAGCACCUGGUACUUCGGGAAUGAGCUUCUCUACUCCAAAAUGCAGCAGAGAUCAUAUUGAAGUGGCAGCUGAGUAUCCCAACAGGGCUCAAAGGGCAAGAGAACUGACACCAGACUCUGAGUCGUCAGAAAAACAACAGGACCCUGUGACUGACCUUAGAAAGUGUAUUUCAGAGGACACGUGUGCUGAACUAGGACAGACAUCUGUUGAGGAACACAGGCAAGAAGAGAUGGUUAGAGGAACAGAGGCGACCUGGGAGAAAAAGAAGGCAGAGCAUCAGGAACCCGCAGAAGAGGUAGCAGCUGGGACUGUACUGAAUAAGGAUAAAGAGACAAAAGAAAUGAUUGAUGGAGAAGGAACUGCCACAGUAGCUCCUGGAGAAGAUAGGGGGUCCAUCCCUGUUGCAAAAGUAGAGGACACUGCAUCAGGAAACAGAGGCCUUACUGAGGACGGUCUGGAUCUGCUGGCGUUCAGCUCUGCAGCUGACCUGGAGCUGCUGGGCUUGGAGAAGCUGAAGUGUGCGCUGCAGGCCCUGGGCCUGAAGUGUGGAGGCACGCUGCAGGAGCGCGCAGCCAGGCUCUUUUCCGUCAGGGGACUGGCCAGGGAGCAGAUGAAGCCGGUGCUAUUUGCCAAGCCUGUAAAAGGGAAGAAGAAAUGAAUUCUGUAUAGAUUCUUACUUGUAACCUGUCUCAUAUGGACUCAUGACCAGUAUUACCAUUAAUAUUAAAGUCUCAUAUUUAAUAACCCAA